AUGAUGUCGGGCCUGAAGGUUAGCUCGUCGAAAACACAAAUGUUUUCCUCGUCUUCGGUGGAUGAUGAAUGGGGCCGGGACAUCGCGGCGAGUUUGGGUUAUGCACGGGUCGAGGAUUUAGGUCUUGGGCUUAAGCAGUCGAAGGUUAUGAAUGAGGCCCUGUUAAUGAAGCUCGGAUGGGUUAUGCUCACUAAACCGUCUACAUUGUGGGUUCGAGUUAUGUGUGCCAAAUAUAACUUACGUCCUCAUGAGAUGUCUGGCGCGUUCACUUUUCCCAAGGGGUCGGUUUGCUUAAAUGCUGUGGCGAAGGUUUGGGCGCAGGAACCUUUGAUCAACAUGGCAAGAGUUAGGCCGCCGGAGGAGAUGCUUCAUGAACCAGUGGCUGCGUUUGUUACGAGGACGGGUGAAUGGUGGUGGGAGAAAUUCGAGACAUUCCUGCCGACCAAUGCCUUGCUGAUUGUCGCGGCGGUGAUGCCACCUUCUUCCUCGGCUCGGGCUGAUCGAAUGAUAUGGGGGUACACGUCGAAUGGAGCUUUCUCGACGAGGACGCCUUAUAAAGCUCUGUCGCGAAGGGUCGAGAACAAUGUCCGGCCGCUGUGGAAAGCUAUCUGGAAAGCGCCGGCUGCCCAACGGGUACGUCAUUUUCUAUGGUUGGCCAGCCGGGAUCGAUUGUUUACUAACAUGGAACGGGCUCGUCGACAUAUGGCUGACGACAUUGCAUGUUUAUUUUGUGGUCUGCCCGAGUCCACGACACACGUACUCCGGGACUGUGAGAAAGCACGGCGGCUAUGGUUGCAGCUAAUUCCGAGUGCAAGUCGACGGAAUUUUUUCUCCCAAGAUGUUAGCGUGUGGCUGUGGGUAAAUCUCGGGCUCCAUGAAUCCAUUAUCCAAGCUAUUCGGGAUUUACUCAGGAAGGAGGCUAACGAGCAAGAAAAGGCCCAACCUAUAGAUAGGCUAUCUAUAGGGAAGGAAACUUCGCGGCUGAUAAAUGGUGUUGAAGUGGGAUUUCAUCGUCUUAUGGACCCGCCGCCGGAGCUUCGGCAUUGCUGA